AUGGUAGGCAAGCCCGCACGCUCGCGUUCUGCCCGCAUUCCGACGGGAGGUGAGGGCGACAGUAUAAGGAAUGACAACGGUGAUGCGAGCGGCGAGCAGGGCGGCAUGAUGCCGGGCGAGCUGGUGGAGUCAAUCGAGACGUUCAUCCGCCACCACGCGGAUCUCGCUGACAACUCCGUCACCGCCUUGGCUAACGUGGCCUAUUUCCUGUUCGCCAUGUCAGAGCUCACCCACCAUCCGCUCGCUCCACACAUCCCCAGGGGUCUGCGGCAGCGCAUGGCUCAGGUGGUGCGCAGCUCCAAGGAGGGCCAGCUGGUGUGGCGCGCUGCCUCCCUGCUCGCCCUCACUGAAGCCUCUGGAGGGAACGAGGCGUGGCUGCCCAACAUCGGCUACGACUCGCCCACACCAUCCCACAAACACAUGAGCCUUGCAGGUCUCUUCUCUGCUGCAGCCAAGGCAGUGACAGCUAUGCAGCAAGGCAGUGGCGCUGCAGACGAUGCUGACGUGGUGGCUGACGUGGAUGCUGACGUCAAGGCUGAUGUGGACGCUGACGUGGACGCUGACAGGGACAGGGAGAGGAAGCGUGCAGAGUUCAUGAAAGUAGAGGGGGGCGCAGGGGAAGCGAUGCAAGUGGAGGGUGAACGGAAGGAAGAGGAAGCUGCCAGGAAGGAUCAGCUCGUGAGUGAGAGGAGGAGUGAGGGGGCUGAGCAAGAGAAGGAUGGGAGAAAAGGAAAAGCGGAGGCCCCCUCCACAGAGGGGGAAGAGGAGGAAGGUGUGGAGGAAGUGCGGGUUUCCAGAGAAGCGGGUAGAGGGAGGGGGAAGAAGAGGCGGGGGAGGGGGGGAAGGGCAGGUGUGGCUGGGCGGAGGGUGCGGGGGAAGCGGGCUGCUGAGGCGGAGAAAGGGGAGGAUCAGGGAAAGGCGAGUGACGAUGCGGAUGAUGGGGGAGUGAGGGAGGUGGAGGUGAUGGGGGAAGGGGGUGAUGAUGAAGUGUUGGAGGUUAGUGCGAGUGAGAUUGAGGAGGUGAAGGGCAGUGUGGUGGUGGAGAGUGGUGUGGUAGAGUGUAGUGCUUUGGAAGUGGAAGAGUGUGAGGAGGUGAAAGAGUGUGUGGAGGUGAAAGAGAGUGAGGGAGUGGAAGGGGAUGAAGAGGUGAAGGAGUGUGAGGAAGUGAAGGAGAGUGAGGGAGUGAAGGAGAGUGAGGGAGUGAAGGAGAGUGAGGAAGGAGUGGAGGAGGUGAAGGACCUUGCAGUGAAGGAUUCAAGUGGUAUUGCGCGUGCUGCAGAGCGCUCCGGGGAGGUACAGCUGGUGAAGGUGGCAUCUGGAGUAGGCAGCAGCGCACAGCCAGUCAACACCAGGGUGCUGAGGUCACACAGCAAUAGAGAGGCGUCGAGUGCGGUGGAAAGUGGUGCUGGAGAGUCACAUGGAGGGGAAGCAGGUGGAAGGGAGAGAAAUGGAAGGGGUGAUGGAGGGAUGGGGAAGAAAGCUGGGGGAGUGGAGGAUGCGGAGCAGGAGGAAGCUGCGGCUGACGAAGCCAUGAGCCAGGUAAGCAUGCCACAUCGCAUGUGCCAGGUAAGCAUGCCACAUCGCAUGUGCCAGGUAAGCAUGCCACAUCGCAUGUGCCAGGUAAGCAUGCCACAUCGCAUGUGCCAGGUAAGCAUGCCACAUCGCAUGUGCCAGUCGCUGGCAUCGUGCCGGCUGCUGCUUCUCAUCAUCGACGCUCUUCUGAGGGACUUCCACCACCGCCGCCACACGCUGCUCACCACUCCAUCUCUCUCCAAGUAUCGGCGCGUGGAGUCAAUCAAGUCAACGCUGCUCUUCCGAUUCCUCCAGGGCCAGGGACCCCUAGGGUUGGAGCAGCUGUGGGAGAGCGUUGUGGCUCUUGUGUUUGCUUGUGCUGGGGAGGAGGAGGACGAGGAAGAAGAGGAGGACGAGGAGAACGAUAGUGAGCGGGUGGGGCAGGGGAAUAAGAGAAGGGGAAAGGAAAAGGGAGCAGGGGGAGACGAGGGAGGGGAGGUGGAAGAAAGGGAUGAAGAUGAAGAGCCAGGGAGAAGCAGGAAGCGUGCUGGAAAGGGGGAGGGAGGCGAGGAGGAGGGGAAGCAGGGCAAGGAGGGGAAGCAGGGCGAGGGGGGGAAGCAGGGCGAGGGGGGGAAGCAGGGCGAGGGGGGGAAGCAGGGCGAGGGGGGGAAGCAGGGCGAGGGGGGGAAGCAGGGCAAGGAGGGGAAGCAGGGCGAGGGGGGGAAGCAGGGCGAGGGGGGGAAGCAGGGCGAGGAGGGGAAGCAGGGCGAGGAGGGGAAGGAGGGAGUGAAGGACGAAUUGGGUGGCGAAGAGAGGAUUGAGAAGGAGGGUCGAGGGGGAGGGUCAGAGGGAACGGAGGGGAAGGAGGGAAAGGAGAGGGAGGAGGGGAAGGAGGGGAAGGAGGGAGUGCAGGGGGCAGUGGAGCAGAAGGAGGUGAAGCGUGAGUGUGUGGGGAGGGCACGUGCAUGUGUCGCUCCCAAUCGCCUGGAGCUGGCUCGAGCAGCUCAGCUGCUGCUGGGCGCUGUGAGUCUCGGAGUGGUACUGGAGGCAUUGGAGGAUCGGCUGGUGAGGCUCUUUGCAUUGGAGCCAAGUGUUGCCAAGAAGAGUUUCUUCAUGCAGACCAUGGUGGAUCCAUGUCACAAGUAUCAUCUCAUCGUUCUCCUCUUCUCUCGCUUCGGCUCUGUCAAGCUGCGGGCGUCACUGGCAGCAGAUCCCAUGGGGGUGGGGGUGGGCAGGACAACCCUGCCUGCCCUGCUGCAGCACCUGGGGUGCAGCAACGUGGCCCAGCUCUCCAAAGGCUCGCAGAUUAAGCGCGAUCUGCUGGCCGUGCUGCUGUGCCACGCCUGCCAGGCGUACUUUGACUUGAAUCCCAAUGCAAUCCUCGAAUCGCUGGAAGCACAGAAGCCCUCUGCAGGGGGGAAGAGGGGUGAACUGUCAAAUUUAGGGCGAAGCUGCCUCAUUGCCCUUGAUGCAUUCACAAAGAGCUUACAAUAA